AUGUUAGGAAAUAAGCUAAGCAUCACAGACUUAAAGGACAUCAAGGGAAAAAAGGUUCUGGUGAGAGUAGACUUCAACGUCCCCAUUGAGAAUGGAACCAUAAAAGAUAAGAAUAGAAUCACUGCAACUUUACCAACUAUAAAUUAUUUGAAAAAGGAGGGGGCAUCUAAAAUUAUAUUAAUUUCACAUUGUGGAAGACCAGAUGGAUUGAAGAAUCCAAAGUAUACAUUAAAACCUGUUGCAGAUACAUUGAAAACAUUGCUAGGAGAAGAUGUGUUAUUUUUAAAUGACUGUGUAGGAGAAGAAAUAGAAAAGGAAAUAAAUAAUGCGAAAGAAAAUUCAGUUAUUUUAUUGGAAAAUCUAAGAUUUCAUAUUGAAGAAGAAGGAAAAGGAAUAGAUGCAAACGGAAAUAAAAUAAAAGCAAGCAAAGAAAACAUUGAUUCAUUUCAAAAUGCAUUAACAAAAUUAGGAGAUAUAUUUAUUAACGAUGCAUUUGGUACUGCACAUCGAGCCCAUAGUAGUAUGGUUGGAGUCAAAUUGAAUGUUAAAGCAUCUGGAUUUUUAAUGAAAAAAGAAUUAGAAUAUUUCAGUAAAGCUUUAGAAAAUCCACAGAGACCAUUACUAGCUAUUUUAGGUGGUGCUAAAGUAUCAGAUAAAAUUCAAUUAAUAAAAAAUUUACUUGACAAGGUUGACAAAAUGAUUAUUGGUGGUGGUAUGGCAUACACAUUUAAGUAUGUAUUGAAUAAUAUGAAAAUUGGUGAUUCAUUAUUUGAUGAAGCAGGAAGUAAAAUAGUAAAUGAAAUUAUGGAAAAAGCAAAAGCUAAAAAUGUAGAAAUAUAUCUACCAGUUGAUUUUAAAAUUGCAGACAAAUUUGAUAAUAAUGCUAACACCAAAAUUGUAACUGAAGAAGAAGGUAUUGAAGAUCAUUGGAUGGGCUUAGAUGCAGGUCCUAAAAGUAUUGAAAAUUAUAAAGAUGUAAUAUUGAACUCAAAAACGAUUAUUUGGAAUGGCCCACAAGGUGUUUUUGAAAUGCCAAAUUUUGCUAAAGGCAGUAUAGAAUGUUUAAAAUUAGUUAUUGAAGCUACCAAAAAUGGAGCAAUUACUAUUGUUGGAGGUGGAGACACAGCUUCGUUAGUUGAACAACAGCAAAAGAAAAAUGAAAUUAGUCACGUUUCUACUGGUGGAGGUGCUUCUCUUGAAUUGCUUGAGGGAAAAGAACUUCCAGGAGUUUUGGCUUUAUCCAACAAGUAG